AUGUCAUCGGGAAUCACAGUGAGCCAAUUCACCUUUACCCGCAAUGACGACUCCAACCUUGUCCCGAUGAAAGAGAUAGUGUGUGUUAAUAUCUUUGAUCCAAUGAGCAAAUACCCUCCUUUCGAGGACAGGCUACCAGAUCUUCUUCCACAGAGAUCCAAUCUGUAUGUCACUUUCAAGCAUGGUGGAAAGUACUGGGGCAAGAGUAUCCCAUUUGCUGGUGGUGAUGAUGCCUGGGUGAACAUACCCUUACUAGCCAAUGCCACCGGGUUGCAGGAGCCUGUCCUAUGUGAAGUCAAGCUGCCAAUGGUGUUUUCUCAGGACAGAACUCUAUUCACAGCCAAGUUCCUUCUUGGUGAAGGCAACGACAACGAUAGCUUUCCUGACCUGUUUGGUGAAAUUAAGACUGUUCUAAGAGAUCCACAUGGCAACGACAGUGGACUUCGUCUCAACAUAAGAACUUUCUCCUCUGACUGGGACCCUAUCCACCUAGGCACAAAGCAUGUACCCCCACAAAUGGAUUCCUACUUCACCACCUUCCUCAUGUUCCUCAAUGCUCAAGUUAAAGCCCUGAAUCUUGGUGGUGCAAACAUCUUGACCAAGCCUCGUGAACCAGCAGACAAGAACUUGCCUACUGUAUCACUGCUUGGUGGACGAGUCGAGAUACCGAAGGAGGAUGAGUUCAUCCCAUUGUCCUGGAAGGCAAAGUAUGUUGUACCUAUCCUCAACAGGCUUCCUGCCACAACGAGAAACAAUCCUAUCUAUAAUCGCCCAAGGUCCAUGAAUAGACUUCGCCUUUUGCUGGGUGAUGGAGUGACGACGCCAUACGAGGGAAAGUGGAACAGGGGUAUGAGUGAUGCCAGCAUGCAUCGUGUACACUUCAGCAGCAUGGGAAUGUUCUACAUACAGAAAGACCCUUCCACAAAUGGAUAUGUUUCUGAUUUGAGCUACUUCAACAAACUCAAGUACAAGGACUCCUAUGACAGCAUUGGUUGCAAGACCUUCUUUGAUGCCAAUGGGAGCAUCACUAUGAUUGAAGACUCUGAUGGGACAAUGUAUCAUCCAGGACACCAGUAUUGGGAGUGGGCCAAGCUCAAGUCACGGUCUGCAGUUUUUACACUUGCAUCACUCGAACAUGUCACAUCCUAUCAUUACACCUGGUCAGCAACACCAGGCUUGGCCCUUAGAAUGUUUCUGCCACCAUCACAUCCCAUUCGAAUGGCAUUUUCUGCUCAUAUGUUCCGAACGCACUACACCAGUAUCAAGGCUGUGCACUCCCUUCUGUCUGAAGUUGGUAUUCUUGGACGAAUCCUACCAUUCACCUAUGAGGAUGGCCUAGAGAAGGCCUACAUGGAUCUCCUUGACAACUAUACAUUCGUGUCUUACCCUGAAGAGCUGGAGAAACAAGGUGUGGCUGACUGUCCAUUCCAUGUUGGGGCAACCGAUGGGAUUGCAUUGUAUAGAGUCAUGGCGGACUAUGUCUCCAAUCUCUUUGAUGAAGUCUAUGGAACAGAGGAGAGACUUCAGGCUGAUUUAGCCAUGAAGGAGCUCUAUAGCUUCUUGAAACAGAAGAUGCCAAACCUACCCAGUGACUUCACCAUGACAAACUUGAAGUUGGUGUGGGGUGAAGUACUUUUCCGAGUGACAGGUGCACACACAUCCAUUGGAAAUUCUGUUGCAUAUGCAGUGGAUCCAAUGAUGUUAAACUUCCGCCUAAAGAAGGAUGAGAAGGGAGAAGUUGUUGGAAGCGAUGAAUGUAUUGCUGGUGUUGCUGGCAUUACUGCCAUAACCAUUCCCAACGAGUAUCCCAAAUUGUCUCAGGACUGGUCUCAGGUACUGAAGGAUCCUAAGAGCAAAGCAUAUGCACAGCUUCGUGCUGACUUGGAUGAUCUUGGUGACCUGAUUGACUCUAGGAACAAGAUGGCGGAGGAGGGUGGUUCUGAAGGGCGGAGAUUUGUGAACAGGGACUUCCACCCCAAGCAUACUGCUCUGUCUUCUUUUUCUUAA